AUGAACAAUCAGACCUUGAGGACUGCCAAAUAUAUAAAUACCCAGUUUUUGGGUCGCAAAAGGCCCACAAUUGAAGUAGUAGGUGAUGAAAUAGAGACAAUGGAAAAUAUGCCCAUUAGCAUGACUUCUUUGACUACCGAGACUACAGAGGAUCGCGAACAUGUUAUGAUAGAAUGCCAGGAACUAUUCCAAAGUCUUGAGCACACUAAAGUUGCUUUGAUGAAGGAUUUCCAUCGGGUCUAUCUUGACUUUUCGUUCAGCAACGCACUCCCCAGACAAAUGAAAGCAUUGGAUGCAUCUCAACCCUGGAUCUUGUAUUGGAUUGCAUGCUCUUUACGUAUUAUGAACAAGGAGUGGCUAGGAAAAAGUGUUCAGCGUCAAAUUUACGUUAAGCUCUUCGGUGCAUCCGUCAGCAAAGGCCCUUUCUGCGGUGGUUUUGGCCAAGAUCCGCAUUUGAUCUGCACUUACGCAGCAAUCAACGCUUUGGCUCUUUGCGAUAACGUUGAUGAUUGCUGGAGUCAAAUAAAUCGUCCGGCGAUUUACCAAUGGCUUCUAUCACUGAAAUGCAGCAAUAAUGGCUUCAAAACAGGCAUCACUGUGGGCGAAUGCGACUCCAGAUCGACAUAUUGCGCGCUCAGCGUCGCUAAAAUGCUAAAUAUACUCACGCCAGAGCUGUGUGAGGGAGUUGCGGAGUUUCUUCUAAAAUGCCAAACGUACGAGGGAGGAUUUGGUGCCUGUCCUCAGGAUGACGAAGCACACGGUGGAUACACAUUUUGUGCCUCAGCAGGUUUAGCGAUUCUCGGAAGCCUACCCAAAAGCGACACCACAAAGCUUGCGGAGUGGUGUAGUGCCCGCCAAACGGCAGAGGAGAAGGGAUUUUCAGGACGGAGCAACAAGCUGGUCGACGGCUGUUACAGCUAUUGGGUGGGAGCCGUGAAUUCCCUGUUGGAGGCAGAGGGUUUUGGAUCCUUCAUUGACAAGAUUGCGUUGCAAGACUACAUACUCAAAUGCUGUCAGUCGCCCGAAAAACCUGGGCUGCGAGACAAACCGGGCAAGUCCCCGGACUAUUACCACACAGCAUACGUUUUGAUGGGCUUCUCGCUCACAGAAUACACAUAUGCAGCUGCCAAUACAGAAAAAAGCAUUACUGCUGUACCGACCAGCUCCAAACCGCAAUUGCAACCUGUCGAUCCCAUAUUCGGGCUUCCCAUCGAUGAUUUGACGAACUUCAUCAAUUUCUGCUCGAAGCUACCCUCUGUGCACUAG